AUGUUGGCACUUCGAUCUAGAGUAGCUGUUGUAGCCAGGAGGGCACACUCUGCUACCAGCAGAUUCCCUUCCUCUUCGACUGCGAGAACUCUGCCACAAGCUGUCACGGCUGUAGCUCUAUCAUCUAGACGACAAUACUCUGCGCCCGCUACAGAUAGUUUUUCAACCCGUUCGACCGUGGUUCAACUCCUCAGUAACAUUGGUUCCAAGCGCGAAGUUCAACAAUAUCUCUCACAUUUCAGCUCUGUGUCCUCGCAACAGUUCGCCGUUAUCAAGGUCGGGGGUGCGAUCAUCACUGAACAUCUCGAAUCUCUUACAUCUGCCCUCGCUUUCCUCAACCAUGUGGGUUUGUUCCCCGUCGUGGUUCAUGGCGCCGGACCACAAUUGAAUAAGCUGUUGGAAGAUGCGGGUGUGGAGCCACAAUUCGAAGAGGGUAUUCGCGUCACAGAUGGAAAGACAUUGGCAGUUGCACGAAAGCUUUUCUUAGAGGAGAAUCUAAAGUUGGUGGAGAAGUUAGAGGAGAUGGGAGUUAGAGCGAGACCGAUUACAUCUGGCGUUUUCGGUGCGGAUUAUUUGGAUAAAGAGAAAUACAAUUUGGUUGGGAAGAUCAAUAAGGUUAACAAGGGUCCAAUUGAAGCUGCUAUCAAUGCGGGAUGUCUACCAAUUUUGACUUCUAUGGCCGAAACUCCUGAGGGUCAAGUCUUGAAUGUCAAUGCUGAUGUUGCUGCUGGAGAGCUUGCGAGGGUAUUGCAACCAUUGAAGAUUGUUUACCUAUCCGAAAAGGGUGGACUCUUCAAUGCGGAUACCAACGAGAAAAUUUCGGCCAUCAACCUCGAUGAGGAAUACGAUUCUCUGAUGUCACAAUGGUGGUGCAGAUAUGGUACAAGACUCAAGAUCAAGGAGACGAAACAGUUGCUUGAUCUUCUCCCAAGAUCUUCCAGCGUUGCCAUUAUUCACCCAGCGGAUCUUCAAAAAGAAUUGUUCACCGAUACCGGAGCAGGAACCUUAAUUCGAAGAGGAAACAAAUUGACAACCGCCAGCUCCAUGUCGGAAUUCGAGGAUACCCAGAAAUUAAAGGAUGUUCUUGUUCGGGACCGUGAGGGGCUGGAUGCGCGAGCUACAGUUGACAGAUAUGUUGAUGGGCUCAAGAACAAGGAAUUCAAGGCUUAUUUUGAUGAGCCUAUGGAUGCUCUUGCAAUUGUUCUCCCUCCAAAGUCACCAAGUUCUCUUUCCAACUUAGCUACUUUUACUAUUACCAAGGCUGGAUGGUUGACUAAUGUUGCCGAUAAUGUUUUCGCUGCUAUCAAGAAAGAUCACUCCAAGUUGGUUUGGACUGUCAAGGAGGAUGAUGAGAAUCUGACUUGGUUCUUCGAUAAAGCUGAUGGUAGUUUGUCUAAGGGUGGAGAGGUUAUGUUCUGGUACGGAAUUACCGACGGUAAUGAAGUCAAAGAUCUCAUGACUGAAUUUGUCACUCACGGUAGAUCUAUGCUUGGGGAUGCCAACUUAGAAGCACGACUUCACCGUGCGGCUAGAGCAGCUACUGGAAUGAGUGCUGCCAUGACAGGUCAGGGUGGAAUCAAACAACAAGCUCGAGCUUUCUCUACUUCUGCACGUAGACCUACCGCCAAAUCUUUCCGGGCUGCUCCUUUUACUCACUCGUCACGAGGAUAUGCUACAACAACUAAUCCCAACCCUCCUUUUGGAAAGCAAAACUCAUCCAAUACUCAAACCGCCAAGGUAGCUUUGAUUGGUGCUAGAGGAUAUACUGGACAAGCUUUAAUCAGUCUCCUCAAUGCUCAUCCAAACAUGGAUCUCAGACACGUCUCAUCAAGAGAACUUGCGGGUCAAAAGUUGAAGGGCUACGAGAAAAAAGAUAUCACGUAUGAAAGCCUUUCUCCAGAAGAUGUUCGAAGAAUGGAAGAAAAUGGUGAGAUCGACUGCUGGGUUAUGGCACUACCAAACGGUGUUUGCAAACCUUUUGUUGAUGCUGUCAACGAGGGCAAGGGUCCUCAAAACAGUGUCAUUAUUGAUCUUUCUGCCGAUUACCGCUUUGAUAGCAAGUGGACAUACGGUCUCCCAGAGUUAGUCAACAGAUCCGAUAUCGCCAAAGCAACUCGAAUCUCCAAUCCAGGUUGUUAUGCUACCGCUGCUCAACUUGGAAUAGCUCCAUUGGUACCUUUCCUUGGAGGUCAACCAACAAUCUUCGGUGUAUCAGGUUACUCUGGAGCCGGUACCAAACCAUCUCCAAAGAACGAUGUUGAGAACCUUACGGGUAAUAUCAUUCCCUACUCUCUUACCGACCACAUCCACGAACGCGAAAUCAGCAACCAAUUAGGUGUCGAAGUUGCAUUCAUUCCCCACGUAGCAGUUUGGUUCCAGGGUAUCCACCACACGAUUUCUAUUCCUCUGAAGGAGAAAAUGACCAGUAGAGAUAUUAGAAAUCUUUACCAAGAACGAUAUGCUGGGGAGAAGUUGGUCAAGAUUACAGGUGAGGCGCCGAGUGUUAAGAACAUUAGUGGAAAGCAUGGAGUAGAGAUUGGUGGGUUCGGUGUACAUAGUAGCGGAAAGAGGGUAGUUGUUUGUGCGACGAUUGAUAAUUUGUUGAAGGGGGCUGCGACUCAGUGUUUGCAAAACAUGAACCUUGCAUUAGGAUUCGCGGAAUAUGAAGGCAUCCCACGUGACUAA